AUGGCUCCUAUUCUCAGUACUUUAAAUACCAACUACGCCCCAUCUCUAUAUGACCAUUCCAUAGACUAUCGUCUAGGCUUCGAGCCGGCGGAAUGCUCCUAUAUUGAGAUCUCGCCAGACCCAAGUGGCGCAAGUACCAUAAGAGAAGGCUUUCUUUACCCGGACCAGGUUGAGGAAUGGCUCUUCCCAGGCCCCCCUUCCCUAGUAAUCCGGAUGGCCAACGUGCUCAAGCUGCUCAACAAGACAUCUCUAAAGGCAAACAGCGAUGACCUGUGCUAUUAUCUUAGCUCAAAUUACCUUGCACCGCAGCCAAUGUUCGUGCCUGUGAUGCUCAUGCACUUGCUCUUGAUCAUGACAAUGACGAGGAUGCAGCACCAGGGGCAGAGACUUGACUCUACUCAGCAUAGUCUUGGUCAACACACGUACUCGUCCAAGCCGCGCGAAGAUCCGUUUCGGGCUGACUUCGAAACGAUUACACCAGCUCUCAAUGGAACCGCGAGAACUCUGAGCAUGAUGGAGAUGAGAACACAAGCACGACAAGUAGUGCUGGAAAAAUGUUUGACCUAUAUUGAAGCAAAUGCCCGAGAUGCCCCGCCAGAGAUAGUGUCAUUGCUAGACAAGAGCCGCGAUGCGAUUCUGCAGCAUCUCGAAAUGACUAUGAACAGUAAUCAUAAUCUUUUGCUCCAAGCUGCAUUCGAACAGAAGCGCAUACAAAUACAGUUAGCCGUUAUCUACCAUUUCUCCCAACAGAAGAGCAACCAGAUUGCUAUCGCACUUACAUCCGAGUCGACAGGAAUAGCAGAACAUUCACGGCAGGAUGCUGCUGCCUUGAAGACCAUUGCGGUCUUGACCAUGGCUUUUCUCCCUGGGACUUUUAUAGCGGCAUUGUUUACGACUCCAUUCUUCGACUGGGAGGUGCCCAAACGCCACUCAGUCAUCAAAGAACGCUUCUGGUACUACUGGGUGACGACCACUCUAUUGACAUUUGGCGUUUUCCUUACAUGGGUACUGUGGCAGCAGUGGCAGGGGCGAAUACGGAAGCGGAUGUCUACAGACACGAAUGCCUUUUGCAAGAAGACUGUGUAG